AUGGGACGAAAGAAAAUACGAAAAAGCGGAAGAAAACGAAAAGCAGUGGAUGACAUUCAGAUAGAAACAACCGGCUGGUUUGAUCUUCCCUUUGAGCUCAGAAUUAUUAUUAUCGAGGAAAUGCCUGAUAAAACAAUAUACAAAUUCGCGCAAUGUUCGAAAUUGUGCUACGAAGAAGCGAUUUCAUCGAAAAAUUAUUGUGAUAUUCUGAGAAUUGCUGAGGAAAGAGGUCGAGGUUUUAAAUCAUACGAGAUUCAGUUUCUCAAAAAUUGGAUUUGGUGGGGAUUUCAGUUUGAUGAUGACAAUCAAGGAGGAUGUGAGGUGCUAGGCAGCCUCCUGCCCAAUCUCACUAAGUCAUGA